AUGAGCACACCCCAGACACACCCCAGACACACCCCAGACACACCCCAGACACACCCUCAGCACACCCUCAGCACACCCUCAGCACACCCUCAGCACACCCUCAGCACACCCUCAGCACACCCUCAGCACACCCUCAGCACACCCCGAGCACACCCCGAGCACACCCCGAGCACACCCCGAGCACACCCUGAGCACACCCUGAGCAUUUCGAGGAAAAAUAUUCUCUCAUGGCCGUACAUGAAAUAG